GUGAAACCAAACGGGUGGCAAAUGGGUGACUUUGUCUAAGCUGCUAGAUAAUCGCUCCUUCUUCUCGAGUCUCGGGAGGGAUAAUGGUUGGUCACCAAGACCAUACAUUCACAAAACAAAUGGGUUUAUUUUUAUGAUAAAAAAUUUGGACCUAACUCCUCUUCACUUGAUUUCAUUUCAGACCUAACUCCUCUUCCUCCGAUCUCUCUCACUAAAAAUUCCUUCUUCUUCUCUGUAGAUUCUACGUUCUUCAGUAAUGGCUAAUUUCUCUCAGGUAACAAUAUCACAAUCUUCUCUCAGAUAUCUCGGUUUUAAUUUUUUUUUUUAACUGUGCUUAUGAAUCUGUGUUGGUUUGUUUGAUGAAGAACAUUAGUACUGUUAGAUUCAGAAGGAAAUCGAGUAGCUAUGAAUUAUUCGGAUGAAUGGCCAGAUCUGGAGUAAUUUUGUACACUUGCCAAACACUCCCUUAGAGAAGAGCGUAACAGUUCUCCCCCUAGUCAAUCUAGUUCUCCCCUUAGUAGGCGUUAGGUUCUUUACUCACGUGCACAGUGUUUUCGAUGUAGAGUGAUCCAAUGGUCAUAAAUCGAGUCCAUUUCAAGAUUUUCUGAAUCUGUAUAAAAUAAAAUAUAGAGACAGAAGAACCCAAUUUCAUUAGUUCGAAUUUACAAACCGUUGCAAAAACAAAAAACCCACACGAUUGAAGAAAAGUAAAAGAUGCAGUUGAUUAAUGCAAUUCUACAAGCAACUCUCAAUUUCAUGUAUUUCCCUUCUUCUUCUUGCCAUAGAAGAAGAAUUCAAGCACAUAACCCACAUGUUCUUGUGUCUUGUCCUGCUACACUGGGAUUCAAUCCCAAGUCCAUGCACCAUCUUCCCUGCCUUGCUGUAAAACAUUCUUCUUUUGGACAUGUUCUUGCUACUCCUGCAACAAGGGGAUUCAAUCCAAAGUCCAUGCACCAUCUUCCCUGCCCUGCUGUAAAACAUUCUUCUUUUGGACAUGUUCUUGCUACUCCUGCAACAAGGAAAAUUAAUGCAGUACCAUCUGCACUGCCUAGACACAUAGAGUUCUCGUCUGAUAAUGAAGAAGAGCCAAUGAAUCAAGAGCAGUCGAACAAAGUGAGUGAUGGUGAGGUUAAGAAAAUGGAAUUCGUGGUUAGAGAAGCCACAGUGGAAGAGUUUGAGGCAUCAGCAUGUCUGAAAGCAGGAGGACUUUAUCACUACGAUGAAGGCGACCGCUAUGUAGACAUUUACAAACUGAAAAAUUUCGAGCAGGAAUAUGAUUCACUAUGGACGGGAUAUAUGAUGCGGGCUUUAGAACCAUUCAUGUGCAUUAUUGCUGUAAGAAACGAAGGAGAGCAUGUGCCUAAUGACGCGCUUAAAAAUGUCAUUGGAACUCUGGAUUUUCGUGUCAAGUACCUGUUACAGGGGGAGACUUAUCCUGAGGAACUUGUGAAGCCUAUGAAUCUCUUUAGCUCCAAAAAAAGAGGAUCAGAGAAAUAUGACAUAAUCUCGAAUGUAACUGUUGCUGGAAGUGCAUGUCAACAAGGAGUUGGAAGCAGCAUGCUGAAGUUUGCAAUUGAAACUGCAAAAGAAGACGGUAAGACUCACAGGUUAGUCGGGAUAACAAAUCAGCACUGGCACUAUAUGAAAAAAUGGGAUUUAAGGUAAUAAUACUUUCACUUAUCUGUUUUUCAUUCAAUUUCAUCUAAAUGACACAUCUGAUGGUUACUACUGAUUGCUAACAAUCUGGUCCUGACAAGUAAAGUUAACCUAUGCAUGUGCAGCAUAAAUCUGUAGUUAGAUUUAACUCAUUCUUUAGAAGUAACAAAGGUUUUGUCUUAUGAGAUUUUGUAAAGUCCUGACGAUAGUACUUGGUGAGAGGUAGCAUAAGAAAAACAAUAUGUACGCUAUUAUUUAUUGUAAAGUUCAUAUAAACAAGUGUGACUAAGAUUCAAAUAAAGGAAAGCUUUGAGAUUGUUAGUUGUUACUUGACAUGCACUCGAUUCUGCAUUUUAUGUCAUUAUCUGUUGUUUGAGAUAUAUACAUGGAAAUUAAAUUUUAGAGCAAACUAAACCGAUAUGAGCUGUUUGAGUUUUCCAUAUUCUAAUCCACCUGAUAUUCUGAUGCGAUAAUUCAAAAGUAGUAGUAUUCCUGCUCCUGCACGCUGCACCUACUGUAGUUUUUGGUGAAUAACUGACCACCCUAUGGCUACAAUGGGCCAGGCCGGUGUUUUUAAAUCCCAAAUAAAAUAAAACAAUUAGGUACAAAUAAGUAGGGGUGUGCGACGGACAUCUGCGAAUUAGGGGUCACCCGCGUCCAAUCCGUCAAAGUUGCGGAUUUGGAAAAUCCAACCAUAUCCGGCCCAAUAAUCCGCGGAUUUCACAUCCGCGGAUCAGCAGGUGAUACGGACCGGAUGUGGAUUAACCGCGGAUUUAGUCAGAAAAUAAAAGAUGUCAUUGGGUUAUAAAAUUUAGCCCAUCAGUCCUGUUGGUAUUGGAAAUGAGAUCUGGACCCAUUAGCUUCACCUUAGGCACAUUGAGCUUUAAGCAAAGCAAAAAUGUGUUGCUUUCUUCCAAAAUCUAGAUAGAGAUAACAUCUAUCUCCUUUAAAAUCCUAAGCUCAUUAGGCUUCACGUUAAACGGUGACCGUCACCCACUCAUAGAAUUGAUCCAUUUCACUUUUCCUCAAAUGAGAGAAAAAUAAGGAUUUUCCCCACAAAAUAAAGAAAUUUUUUAAUUAGAAAACAAUCUUCCCGGAAAGAAAAUCUUAAGAGAAUUUUUUUUUUUUUCUUUUUUCUCAUAACCCUAAUAUUGUUUCCCACCGCCCACGACUCUCUUCUCCACCACCUUCCUUCUCUUCCAGAAGUUUAACAGAAGAUCGAUUUGAUUAAUUUGAUCAACUGGGGUUUUUUAUGUGUAGGUAAUAAGUUUCUCUGUUUUCCUAUUUUUCAUAAAAAAAUCUCUGGGAAAAAUCUCACAUCUUCUUCUUCUUCCAUUAUUUGGCAAUCCCACAUAUAUCCAGUAUCAUCAACAACAUCAGAUGAGUUACUUAAUUGGAGAUGCCUGAAAAUUGUGGAUGUUUUUGUUCCAUGUAGUCAAUUUAUACUUUCAAGAUCUAGGUGAUGUUUUUGUUCUUAUCAUAACUGUCGAACUCUAUGUUUAUUUGUAGGAUUGCUAUGUACAAAGCACUCUACACAUUUGGAAGUUAUAUGUAUGAUGUCAUGGCUGCAGUUGACCAGUUAAUUUGGUCGAAAAAAUUCGGCAAUUUGAUUUAUCUUAGCUAUGAUUUACAAAACUAAUUGAUGAUUAUGAAAAAGAUUUAUGUUUCUGAACAAUAACUUCCUCUUUGCAUGUUAGUAAAGUAUGUACUUAUAUUUGCUACUCGGAAUUAAUUUAUUGAGCCUCCAAUAAUUUUCAAAUUUUAUCAAUCACAAUAAGCUAUCCAACAGUUCUACCCAAAUCACUGUUCAUCCUGAAUUCAUAGGUUGUCUAUCAUUAUGAUUGUUGGCGGUUUUGAAAAAGCUUCCAAGGUAACUAGUAUUGUUCAUAUGCAUGUGAAGUAUGGAUAUUACCUGUUACAGAUACUUGAUUAGUAAUCCAUAUUCAUACAAAGUUUGUUUUUCGUCAAUAAUGAAACUAUAUUCUUUCCUUUUUUCAUUCCAUAUUACUACUGAUUGUUUCUAUUACUGUUAUAUCCUUAUAACCCUUCUUUAAUCUCAAAACCAUGUUCGCGUCUUCUUACAUAAUUCUAUGUAUUAGUUUUAUCUGUGGUUUCAGGUGAUAAAAUCUGUUACGAGUUGGAAUUCAAUUGGAAUCGAAUAUUUCUACAAUGGCCAAAAGCCUUUGCCUGCACCUUUCUUAGAAAUUGCAAAGCAGUCUCCAUGGGUUGGUACAAAGGUUGUGUAGACCCAGUUAGUAAUUUCAGUACAAUGGUAGUAUUAUGAGUUAUAUAUUCAACUGGAACAUGGUAUGAGUACACCAACCGGUACAUGGGUCAAUCUUAUAAUGGUUGGAAUGGUUUGCGUGAACUGUUUCAAGGGCGCCUUGAUGAUGAAACCAUUAGGAGUGUUAAAUAAUGCAAUGCUGGCGAAGACUGUACUGAGAGAGGUCUUCAAACACGGUACUGAGGAGGCGUUGCUUCUUCUUUCUGCCUGUAACGUGAUUACUUUGUAAAUUUUAUGCAUAAUACUGUAACAUUCGUGGCAACUAUUUAAUUUUUUCACUGUUUAAUUCGGGGUAUGGAAUGUUUUAAUUGUCUAUGUAAUAUAUUUGAUUGGUAGCAAAUUUAUUAGCUCAUGUUUGUUGUAUGGAUACAGUUUAUAUGUUUAAUAGAUUGGUGAUUUUUUAUUCUU